CGAGAGUCGAGGCGGUGGGUAAGAUAAGAUAGGCAAACGUAUUUCCUGUACUGUACCUGAUUCUACAUUGUUGUCUUGCCUACUAAGUGUAAACUCACAAGUUGUUAAAUCAGCCCCUGGAAAAUGCAAGCCAUCAAGUGUGUGGUGGUUGGAGAUGGUGCUGUGGGAAAGACAUGUCUGCUCAUCAGCUACACAACCAACGCCUUCCCUGGAGAGUACAUCCCCACAGUGUUUGAUAACUACUCAGCCAAUGUGAUGGUGGACAGUAAGCCAGUGAACCUGGGACUGUGGGAUACAGCAGGACAGGAGGACUAUGACAGACUCAGACCUCUGUCCUAUCCUCAGACGGAUGUGUUCCUCAUCUGUUUCUCUCUGGUGAGCCCAGCAUCCUUUGAGAACGUCAGAGCCAAGUGGUACCCCGAGGUACGACACCACUGCCCCUCCACACCCAUCAUCCUCGUGGGCACCAAGCUGGAUCUGAGGGACGAGAAGGAAACCAUUGAGAAGCUGAAGGAGAAGAAGCUAGCGCCCAUCACCUACCCACAAGGCUUAGCACUAGCCAAAGAGAUAGACUCGGUGAAGUACCUGGAAUGCUCUGCCCUGACCCAGCGGGGGCUGAAGACGGUCUUUGACGAGGCCAUCCGAGCGGUGCUGUGCCCCCAGCCCACCAAGGUGAAGAAACGACCCUGUCUACUCAUCUGAUCUCAGACCUGUGGAUAGACCAAGAGGGAAGGGCUCAGGAAUCACACAACAGCAAAUGUUGAUUUGAGUUAAAUACAAAGUUUGGCAGUUUUACAAAGUGGUCUAAUGUUCAGAUGAGUCAACAUAUGUAGUGUUGAGUCUUGCCAUCUGUAGUGUAUAUCCAGCUAUAAUUACAGUAUAUAGUGUAUGCCUCAAUCCCAAAUUAAUGGAAGAUAGUUGGACCGUCGGAUUGUACCAUUACAGAUGGUGCCUACCUUUCCCACUGGUUGGGGAUUGAGGCAUAUAGCUGGAUCUACGAUUCUUCUCAAUGUUAGACCACUGUUCAGGUCUGAAAACAACCAUCAGACUUUCUGGAGCAUCAAUAUAAAUGUCCUUAAUAUUUUCAAGACAAAUCCUGGAUAUGUACACAUGGAUAAGUGUUUUAGAUUCAUAUAUUGGUAUUGGUUUUGGUUUCUGACUCAUUUUCUUAUACACUUCAUCUAUAUGAUUUGUUAAUGCAGUGACUGAUCCUUACUGUACAAGAAAGACAUUGAAAAAUACAUAGACCAAACAAUACAGUGUGUAUAGUCAGAAAUGCAUUGCACCAUCCUAAUAUAAGAAACUUUCUAAAAUGAUCAUGUUGUUUACUCUAUAAAAUGUAUUUUUCAUAUUUUGACAUGAUACAGCAUUCUACUAUAUUUCUAAGGUACCGUAUUACUUUUCUCUCUAUUACAAUUUAAUUUAACACAAAAAAAACAUAUGAGUGUGUGUGUGUUUGUGUGUCCCCUUGCCCUUAGAACAGCCUCAAUUCUUCGGGGCAUGGACUCUACAAGGUGUCAGAAGCGUUCCACAGGGAUGCUGGCCCAUGUUGACUCCAAUGCUUCCCACAGUUUUGUCAAGUUGGCUGGAUAUCCUUUGGGCGGUGGACCAUUCUUGAUACACACGGGAAACUGUUGAGCGUGAAAAACACAGAAGCGUUGCAGUUCUUGACACAAACUGGUGCGCCUGGCACCUGCUACCAUACCCCGUUCAAAGGCGCUAACAUUUUUUGUCUUGCCCAUUCACCCUCUGAAUGGCACACAUACACAAUCCAUGUCUCAAUUGUCUCAAGGAUUAAACUCCUCCCCUUCAUCUACACUGAUUGAAGUGGAUUUAACUAGUGAUAAUAAUAAGGGAUCAUAGCUUUCACCUGGAUUCACCUGGUCAGUUUAUGUCAAAAAUGUUCUGUAUACUCAGUGAUAAGUACAGCAUGCCAGCUUUUAUUUGAGGGUAUUUUCAUACAUACAUUACCUGUUUUGCCAUUUGGAAAUGAAAGCACUUUAUGUAUCUCGUCAUUUGAAGAAAUCAUAAGUAUUUGGACUUAAGUCAAAAGUUUAGCAUUUGGUACCAUUUUCCUUGCACACAAUGACUACAUCAAGCUUGUGACUUUUCAAAUGUGUUGGGUGCUGGCCUCCCGAGUGGCACUGCACUCAAAGGCACUGCAUCACAGUGCUUGAGGCGUCACUACAGACCCGGGUUUGAACCCGGGUUGUGUGGCAGCCGGCUGCGACCGGGAGACCCAUGAGGCGGCGCACAAUUGGCCCAGUGUCGUCCGGGUUAGGGGAGGGUUUGGCCGGCCGGGAUGUCCUUGUCCCAUUGUGCUCUAGGGACUUCUGUGGUGGGCCGGGCGCAUGCAUGCUGACACGGUCGCCAGUUGUACGCUAUUUCCUCCGAUACAUUGUUACGGCUGGCUUCCAGGUUAAGCGAGCAGUGUCAAGAAGCAGUGCAGCUUGGCAGAGUUCUGUUUCGGAGGAUGCAUGACAUCGUACGUGAGUUGCGGUGAUGGGACAAGACUGUAACUAACAAUUGGAUAUCAUGAAAUUGGUGAGAAAAAGGGGUAAAACGUUUUUACAAAUUAAUAAAUUGUUGGGUGCUUUUGUGGUUAGUUUUAGUUGUGUUUCUGAUUAUGUUUUGGAACUGAAUGGUGAAUAAUGUCUUGUGCCCAUAUGUUUCAUGUGGAUGCUACCAUGAUUAUUGCUAAUCGUGAAUAAUGAUAUGGGGCACAAAGAUCAUACCCCCCCCCAAUGCUUAUUUAGUCUAAUGGCAUUAUUUAUGAUUCAUUCAUGAUUUGUCUUUAUCAUGUCAUUAUCAGGAUUCAUUUAGAAGUGUUCAGAAACAUCUAAUCAAGGAAUACUGUAUGGGACCAAAUCAAGGAAUACUGUAUGGGACCAAAUCAAGGAAUACUGUAUGGGACCAAAUCAAGGAAUACUGUAUGGGACCAAAUCAAGGAAUACUGUAUGGGACCAAAUCAAGGAAAUGGGACCAAAUACUAAACUUUUGACUAUUUGAAUACGCUAUAAGUGAAUUUUUCCAAAUACUACUGACUUAUUCUCAUGGGGGAGACUAGAUACAUAUAGUGUUUUCAUUUCUAAAUUGUAGAACAGAUAGGAAUAUAUAUGAGAAUACCCUCAAAUAAAAGGUGACAUGUUGUACUUUCACCUCAUAUGAAACAUUUCAUCUCAAAUCCCAAAAUUCUGGAGUAUAGAGCCAAAUACAAAUGUUUAACUGUCCAAAUACAUAUGGAGGGGAGUGUGUAUACCAGUAUACAAGUUCUACUGGGGCCUAUUUUUACAACAGCUACUUAGACAUCAUCUCCCCUCCAGGACUACAGCAUAGUACUGUGAUGUGACAUGUACUACCACAGAAAUCCACUCUGUCUUAAAAUAAACCUGUAUUUUCUCUAGUA